UGAUUGGUUGAAUCACUGCACAGGUGUUAUGCCGAAGUCUGUUCCUGCCUCAAAUAAGUGCUUGCCUUAGGGUGACUUUUUUGCGUCUAGCAUGGCUUGGUCUUCGCGAUUUAGGUAGUGCCGUGCGUCGUGGAGAUGCUGUUUGUUGUUUUGGCGAUGAUAACUCACAAAAGACGCCUUGUUGGGGAUUAUCGGGGAAAGUAAGGUUUGCCUGGGAGAAGAGGAACCACAGACUAUGGCGCCUAUAGCAAUUAGCAAUUAGCAUGUCAAGUAGUUGAACCGCUGUUAAGCUAGGCCAACUUUUGUGAAAGAGUUUAGUUGCCAACACGCAUCUCUUAACUCAUAUGUUGUUUAGCCCAGUCGGUGUGGCUUUUUGUUUAAGCUCAUCACAGACAAUAUUAAUAAGUUUACGGACAAACUCAGUCGCUCCAUUACUUAUUCUGCGAAGAGAAUUUUAAGCUAAAAGGAAGGUGAUUAGCCUGCUUUAGCUAACGUUGGAGAUCGAGUCUCUUGUAAUUAGCACUCCAGCAGCAAACCAGCUGCUAGCCUGUCUGUUCUCUCGGGAAAGAUUAUUCUAGUUUGUCACAUCAUGGAGGAAAAACGUAAGACAAUUGAAAGAAAGGGUAGCUGUUGCAAUAUAGGUGAGGUAAAAGACAUGUCCAACGAACAAACUGAAUGACCCACAGACACAGUGGGUGGGGGGUAAAAUGAAAAGAGUUAAAUUGGAGAGAGGGAAAAUUAAUGUUAGGAAAAAAUGCUGGAGGAGUGUAAAUGGAGAGUUGGAGAUGGGUGGAAGAGAGGUGGGACGGGGUGCUUAGAGAGAGGUGAGCGGAGGGGAAGCGGUGAGAGGGGCUGAGGAGAGGGAGGUGGGAUGAGGGAGAGGAGAGGUGUUUCAAGAGAGGCUCAGGUGUGCGUGACUGGAAAACGGAGGAAGCUCGGAAGCCGCACAGCAAGCGCAGGCAGUUCCGGUGGCUUUUUACAUCAGACUACUCAUGAUCGGCAGUGUCUUGUCCUCUUGUGUUUGCAAACUUGCAACCUGAUCAUCAUACAGCGGGUGCAUGACGUCAGAGAGACAUAUAUGUUCCUAUGAGGUUGCACUGCUGCAGCUGUCUCAGCUGUUGCAGUGAUGGUCCCACCUUGAAGUCCAACGGAAAGAAAGACAAGUCAGAAGAACGGAAUAUACUGAAAUCAUCCAAUUUUAAAAACUCCUCUGUGCCACAAGCUCUUGCCAUGGCCAGGAGAAGUGUUUCUUGGACGAGUAGCUUCCUGUGACGGCUCUACGCAACAAAUUUGAGAUCUGCUUCUCGUUUGUGACCUUAACGGAGCAAGAUGAUGCUUUUUCUGCUUCUCCUUUUGUCCGUUUGGGUGGGGCCUGAUCAAGCUGAUUCUGCCCAGUCCAGCGAACGGAGAGUUGUAGCACACAUACCUGGUGACAUCAUCAUUGGAGCGUUGUUCUCUGUCCACCAUCAGCCUCCCGCUGACAAGGUACAUGAGCGUAAGUGUGGUGCAGUGCGAGAACAAUAUGGGAUCCAGAGAGUGGAGGCCAUGAUGCACACAUUGGACCGCAUCAACAAUGACCCGCAUAUCCUUCCCAACAUCACCCUAGGCUGUGAAAUCCGGGACUCCUGUUGGCACUCGGCUGUGGCUCUGGAGCAAAGCAUUGAGUUCAUACGGGAUUCACUGGUCUCCUCUGACGAGGCUGAGGAGUGGGGUGGAGGAAGUUCCUGGGGAGGGGGAGGAGGUGGAGGGGCGACGAUGAAGUGCGCAGACCCCUCUGCCACUCCAAUGCGGGGGAAGAAACCCAUCGUGGGUUUAAUUGGACCGGGGUCCAGCUCAGUUGCCAUCCAGGUGCAGAACCUCCUACAGCUGUUCAACAUACCACAGAUUGCCUACUCUGCCACCAGUAUGGACCUCAGCGAUAAGAGCCUUUAUAAGUACUUUAUGCGGGUGGUGCCUUCAGAUGCCCAGCAAGCAAGAGCUAUGGUGGACAUUGUCAAGAGAUACAGUUGGAGCUAUGUGUCUGCUAUACACACUGAAGGGAACUAUGGUGAAAGUGGGAUGGAAGCCUUCAAAGACAUGGCGGCCAAGGAGGGUAUCUGUAUCGCCCACUCUGGCAAAAUUUGGAGCAAUGCUGGAGAGCAGAGCUUUGACCGGCUGCUGGAGAGACUGAGGGCCCACCUGCCCAAGGCCAGGGUGGUGGCAUGUUUCUGUGAAGGCAUGACGGUCCGCAACAUCCUCAUGGCCAUGAGACGUCAGGGACUGGUAGGAGAGUUCUUACUCAUCGGCAGCGAUGGAUGGGCGGACCGGUACGACGUAACAGAUGGCUACGUCAAAGAAGCAGCCGGCGGUAUUACCAUCAAGCUCCAGUCGGCCGAUGUGAAGUGGUUUGAUGAGUACUAUCUUAAACUUCGUCCUGAGAACAACCACAGGAACCCCUGGUUUCCAGAGUUCUGGCAGCAUCGUUUCCACUGUCGCCUUAAAGGCCACCCACAGGAGAGCGGCAAAUAUAACCGCACUUGUAGCAAGCGAGAGUCACUUCGGCAGCAGUAUGCACAGGACACGAAGAUGGGGUUUGUCAUUAAUGCCAUCUACUCGAUGGCAUAUGGCCUGCAUAACAUGCAACGGGCACUCUGCCCAGGCUAUCAGGGCCUUUGUGAUGCCAUGCGACCUAUAGAUGGUGCUACACUCCUGGACUUCCUAAUGAAAACCAACUUCACAGGCGUGUCAGGGGAGGGAAUCUUAUUUGAUGAGAACGGAGACUCACCUGGCAGGUAUGAAAUAAUGAACUUCAAGAAGAUGGGCAAGGACUACUAUGACUACAUUAAUGUUGGCAGUUGGGACAACAGAGGUUUGAAAAUAGAUGAUGAUGAAAUUUGGCCCAACAAAGAUGCUAUAAUCAAGUCAGUCUGCAGUGAACCCUGCGACAAAGGACAGAUUAAGGUGAUCCGUAAAGGUGAGGUGAGCUGCUGCUGGACGUGCACCCCCUGUAAAGAGAACGAGUUUGUGUUUGACGAGUACACCUGCCGAGCCUGUGAACUGGGCUCCUGGCCUAAUAAUGACCUCACAGGCUGUGACUCAAUCCCAGUGGAGUACCUGCGCUGGGGAGACCCUGAGCCCAUUGCUGCUGUGGUCUUUGCCUGCCUUGGUCAAAUGGCCACGUUCUUUGUCACCGCAGUCUUCAUCAGGUUCCGGGACACCCCAGUAGUGAAAUCUUCCAGUAGGGAGCUGUGCUACAUAAUACUGGCAGGGAUCUGUCUGGGGUACCUGUGCACCUUCAGCCUCAUAGCCAAACCCCAUGUCAUCCACUGCUACCUCCAACGACUGGGAAUAGGUCUGUCACCUGCCAUGAGUUACUCUGCGCUUGUCACAAAGACAAACCGCAUCGCUCGGAUCCUGGCAGGCAGCAAGAAGAAGAUCUGUACAAAGAAACCUCGCUUCAUGUCUGCAUGCGCUCAGCUCAUCAUUGCCUUCCUCCUCAUAUUGCUGCAGCUGGGCAUCAUCGUGGCUCUCUUCCUCAUGGAGCCACCUGAGGUAAUCCAUGACUACCCCAGCAUCCGCCAGGUCAACCUCAUUUGCAACACCACUAACCUGGCCGUGGUCGCCCCACUGGGAUACAAUUGCCUGCUCAUUCUCAGCUGCACUUUCUAUGCCUUCAAGACUCGCAACGUCCCUGCUAAUUUCAACGAGGCUAAGUACAUUGCCUUUACCAUGUACACCACCUGUAUUAUCUGGCUAGCCUUUGUACCCAUCUACUUUGGCUCCAACUACAAAAUUAUCACCAUGUGCUUCAGUGUCAGCCUCAGUGCCACUGUGGCUCUGUGCUGCAUGUUUGUACCCAAGGUGUACAUCAUUCUCGCUAAACCAGAGCGUAACGUGCGCAGUGCCUUUACCACAAGCACAGUGGUGCGCAUGCACGUGGGCGACGGCAAAUCGUCCUCAGCCGCCAGCCGCUCUUCUAGUCUGGUUAACCUGUGGAAACGCAGAGGCUCUACUGGAGAGACACUCAGCUCUAAUGGUAAAUCGGUGUCGUGGGCGCAGACGGAGCGCAGCAGUUCACGUGGCAGCCACCUGUGGCAGCGGCUGUCCUUCCACAUCAAGAAGAAGGAGAACAAUCAGACUGCUGUCAUCAAGCCCUUCUCCAAGACCUCUGAAGAGCGUUACUGUGGAGGGGGGGACCUGCCCCCACACGUCCCUCUGCCCUCCCUGCCCUCUCUGCCCUCCAUGUCCUCGCUGCCCAGUCAUCCUGACUCUGUCACAGACAAGACCCUGUACGAGCUGUCGGAAGCAGAGGAGCGUUACUCGGUCACCUACCGGCCUCAGACGCCUUCACCAAUAAGCACGGUCAGCCAGAGGCUUGGGGCGGGUUUUGGCGAGGAGUGUCAGAUGACUAGUGUUCCAAAGUACCCGAGCAGCACCUGCAGCGGCGGCAGCGGCGGCAGUAGCUGCGGUCCGUCCAGCAGCGGCUCGACUGUCGCGGGGACUGACUGUCGUUUGGUUCCUGUGGACGAUCAGCUGGCACAGCCCCAGAGUUCACUGAUGGAUCAGAUCAGCUGUGUGGUGAACCGCUUCACCGCCAACAUCACCGAGCUCAACAGUAUGAUGUUGUCACCUUCUCCGACGCACUCGCACACCACGCACAAACACGCCCCUCCUUCUCCUCGCUCCACCGACCCAUACCUGUUGCCCCGUGAAAUCCAGAUGCCCCCGACCCUCACCACCUUCGCUGACGUCCAGCCCCUCCCGCCUGUUGAGUCCGGCUUGGGGGCUCGGGGUGGCUGUCUUGCUCACCCUCUUCCUCCUUCACCUUAUCCCCUGCCGCCUCCUCAUCCACAGACCUCCCCUUCUCUCUCCCCCAUGCGAGGAGGACUGAUCACCUGCCUCACCGAUUCUCCUCUGAGGAGGGCGGAGUUGGAAGAGGAGCUCAUUGCUUUGACUCCGCCGUCACCUUUCCGCGAUUCCCUGGCAUCUAGUAGUGGCUCGCCUGUCUCAGAGACAGAUCUGUAUCUCCCUCCAGUCCCCUCCCACCCCCCUCCCUCCCCCCCUUCACCCAGGUACAACAGACUGACACUCAGAAACUACAGCCAGAGUUCAUCCUCACUGUGAGGAAGAGGUGACGAGUAAAGAAAAUGCCGAAGUGAAGAGGAGCACUCAAAAACAACAGUCAGUCAGUAUGAUAGAGGAGGAUGGAAAGAAAUCCAUUUGUCCAUACGUGGAGUAAAAACCUGAAGUAAAGGAGUCAUGGACGGCUGGUUGUGGUUGGUGAAGACAUCAAGCUGCGACAGUCUGCUGUCUUUGUGUUUACAUGUUUGCAGUGAGAUGCAAGUACAAGAAGCUUGGCCACGUUGUAUCUUCUUAGUGCUGUUUCUUGGAAGUGAAGAACUGCAAAAAAUGGCCACUGUUGCUCUCCAGUGUUGUGGUGUCUGACAGCCAGAAAAUAUUCUUGAAGAGCUAUGAGUCAGUUAGUUUUGGGUAGUGGCCUUAAGGUAAAAUGGCUAUUAACUAAUUAGAGAUUGUGAAUGUGUGAGAGUGUGUGUGUGUGUGUGUGUGUGUGUGUGUGUGUGAGUGAGUAUAUUUUUGCUGUAUGUUAGUUAAGGAGAGGUAAUGGCUACAUGACAGUGAAGGGUACUGAUUAGGUAAGACUCCUGAAGCCUGGAUGAACUAAACAGAGGCUAUCAAGGGCACAUAUAUAUUUAUUCAUGCACACACACACACACACACAGCACACAGGUGUUAGCACACAUACACAAAUACAAUGUAAGGGAAAAAAAAACAUUGUAAAUAUGUGAGAGGUUAUGGAUUUUUCUGUGGUUAUAAAAUCCAACAUGCUUCUGACUAAAGUGCAUUGUGUUAACAUACCAGUUUGUAUGUUACUCUGAAGAACUUUCUCACAAAAGCAUCUUUUUGUUCAUUCAGCUGUCCCCUCCACAUAGCUUUCUUUUCCUCAGUCCCUCUUUCUCUCGCUGCUUUCUUUUAUCCUGCCAGUAUUUCAGUAUUUUCUACUCUUCCAGUUAGUUUUUUUCAGAAGUUUGAAUGUAUAUUUUCUACAUGACUCCUGAAGUAGUUGGGACCAAACCUUUUGUACCUCUCUGUCCUGUGACUCGAGAAAGAGGGAGAGGACGGUUCGACAAGACCAGGUCUUGUUUUAUCAUAAUUAUCUUUUGUCAUUAAAUCUUGUUUGGGUGGAUUAUUGGCAGAUAUCUCGACUCCAGAGCUUCUCUUUAGUGUGUGACAUUUAACAGUGCAUUUUGGUGAGGCUCAGCUGGAUUCCAGUCAUGACUCGUGACAUUUUCUCCUCACAAUGUAUCAGCAGGACACAGGUCUCACUCUGUUUCAUCAAAGGCAGUGCUUUGAAUGGAUUUAAUUGGAAUCACAAUCAUUUCUUAUGUUAGUGGGCACAGAUUGAUAGAUUCAAGCUGGGAGAGCCUCCUCCACCUCAAUUUCAACCAGACUCAUCUGUUGCACCUGUUUGACCUUCUCUGCUAUUUUCAUUCAAAGAAGGGCAGAGAUUGAUAUUGAACACUCGAUUUAUCAGUCAUCUAAAGAAAGCAAAUCAGUGAAUGAAAAUAUUAAUCUGUUGCAUUAAAGUAAAGUCAAACCUAAUGAGACUAAUCCCAAAUGUCAUCUAUUCUGUUUGGGAAAAAUGUUGCAAGUGAAUGUAAUCCAGGUGGUAAUUACGUUUUCUCUAAAAAGGCAUUUGGCCAUAGUAAUAUAUCUUUGCUUUUUUGGGGGAAAUGGGGUUUGCUUUAGAGAGAUUCUUACCCUCAGAUUUUGGUAUAAAGUUCAAAAUUCAAGAUGUUUAUGCACUGUAGCAUUCGACUCAUAAAUGCUCGGGUAAAUUGUUGAACCAUAUAGAAUUUAAAACCCAAAAUAUCUAAUUUGGCUAUUUAACAUUUGUGUAAAAACAUAAGCUGGAGUGAUGUACUUACAUGUGCCAACACUUGAACAGAAUUUGGGAGUACCCAGAGUCGCACUGGGAUAUAAAAUGUGCCGAUGAAUGCAUUCACUAAGAUGCUUUUGAGAAAUGGGGCCUUGGCUUUGUGUCUGCUCCCUCCACAGAGGAAAACACUCAGCAAAGUCAAGAAAAAAAAACAAAAAACAAAAGUCAGAAGGUUGUGAUACGCAACACAAGCAUUUUUAGACAUGUAUGACGAAUGUUUCCUGCAGCAAGACAUGGAUCUGACUGAAUUCAAGGUAAUCGGGCCGUUGGUAUCAGAACAAGACUCUCUAAUUCAAACAUGUUGCCUUUGUAUUAUUGUCCAUCUCCAUGUUUUCUGCAGCGUACGCAUUCGUCUGCCAUUACAGCUGACUGAUGCAGCCCAUGUUCUGAAUUUUCCUUGUGAGUAUAGUAUUUCUGCUCUACAGUAGCCAGCAAGAACAAACUCAAAGUGAUUCUGUAAAUACUAAGGGCAUGCAAAGACCGUUCUGUUUUGUUUCAGAUGAAAGUAAUUUUCUUUACAUAUCAACAAAGGUGAAAAACAAAAAAGAAAAAAAAGCGAUGUUUUUGAACUAUGUUAUAACAUCAUAUGGUACCAAUAUGUGUUACGACUACAGAAACUGUGUUACUACUCUGAAUGUGUGAGUGACCAUUCCUAUUCAAAUGUCUUGUAAUUCAACAAUAUAAUAAUAAUGAAUAUUAAUAUGAUUAUUGUGCCAAAGGGGUUAGGGAGGGUCUAGCUUAUUAGCUUGUCAGUAAAUAGGUGGUUUCAUACAAAAAAAAGAAAAAAUGUAAAUGUAAAACUGUUUCUAUUGUUUUGGAUAUUUUAUAUAUAAAUAUUCCACAUUUUUUCCAGUGUAAAAGCAAUAUUAUCCAUACAUACAGACGGUGCACAUCUGAGGCAUUUCUGAAAUCCUAAACAAAGUUUUAGAUUGUUUUUCUUUUUCAUCCUUCUGUGAUUUGUGGUGGGCAGUUCAGCAAGGAAAACGGUGGGGAGAUAAGUUGACAUUUUUCUUUACAUUUUCUCUUUCUGUAAUGAGAGGUUUACAUUUACUCAUUUCUAGUAACAAAGAUGGUGCGAUUCGCAUUUUUUACGGCGUUUUCCAGCCUGUAUUCUUGGUUCAGUCUCAGUUCUAAACUUUUAGUCAGAGUCCAGUCCACUGAUGACCUGACUGCAGUGUGAAGUAGUAAAGGAGAUUUCUUUGUGCCAUUGUUUUUGGUUUUUUGCUGUGCUGUUUAUUUAAGUGUGCGGGUUAAUGAAGACACAAACCCUUGGUCUGGUGUAGCUACAAUAUGUCUCUGUACCUCAGAGCACGACAAUAAACUUCUUGGUUCCUGCAAAAACAAAAACAAACUUUGUAGAUAUGCACAAUCGACAUCUGAGAUAAUUGUGAGACGUUUUCCUCAUGAUAGACAUAGAUGCUGAAAAAGCAUGCAACAAGAACCUUUGGUCAUAAUUGUUGACAUAAUUGGUUCUUGUGUCGAAGUGCUGUCUGUGCAUCCUCAUUAUCUCUGCUUCUACUCGUCUAGUUUGAACAAUCUGGGCCGUGAUUUGUAGAAAAAAUAAAUAAAUAAAGGAGCCAGGACUAUUGUUGAGAUGUCUCUGGGAAGGAGAGCUGCUGUCACUGACAGUGUUUAAAGAAUGCCAAGAGAGUAACGGGGAGCUUGCUUCAGCACUUCGGCUGCACGUUAUCAGCCCUCUGGGCGAGGCUCGACAGUUGUGUGCUACCCCCCUCACAAA